AAUGGCCGGCAUGAAAUUCGAAUAUGAUGAAAAAGGUGGAACGUUUUAUUACUUCCUCAUUUCUUUCUAUGUUUUGGUGCUGAUUCCUGCCACCUAUUAUGGAUGGUUAUUUAUUCGAAAAAAGGAAAAUAAAGAAGUUUCGGAAAAGGACUGUAGGUGUUUACCUUGUUUAAAUAAAGAGAAGCUACUGGAAACCACUCAACCAAAACAAAAAGUUAAACGACCAUUAGUCAUUAUAUUGUUAAUAAUUGGAUGGAGCAUAUUCUUUUUCCUGGCCUAUAAAACAUCACAAAUUGAAUUAGACUAUUCGGAAUAUGACCCUUACACAAUAUUGGAAUUGGAAAGAGGAUCGUCAGUUAAGGAGAUUAAAUCUCAAUAUCGCAAACUAAGUAAAAAACACCAUCCUGAUAAAGGGGGAGACCACAAAACUUUUAUGAAAAUUGCUAAAGCGUAUGCAGCUCUGACAGACGAAGAGUCUCGUAAGAAUUGGGAGGAAUAUGGAAAUCCUGAUGGACCUACAGCUACAAAUUUUGGUAUUGCGUUACCAAUCUGGAUUGUAGAAAAGCAAAACUCUAUGUGGGUUUUAGGAUUAUACGCUCUCGUUUUUAUGAUUAUUUUACCCGUUGUCGUUGGUACUUGGUGGUAUCGUUCAAUUCAAUUUAGUGGAGACCAAGUACUUUUGGACACUAUGAAAUUUUAUGGGCAAUUUUUUAGUAGAACACCUAAUAUGACUCUGAAAAGAAUUUUAAUGAUAUUAGGCGGCAGCUUUGAAUUUUCUAAAUUCUAUAACAAGGAUAUCAUUGACAGAGAAUCGGAUAAUAUAGAAAUACCUCAAUUGAUGAAAGAAUUACCUAAUCUUAAUGAAAAGAAUAAGGAAAAGCCAUUUAAUCUAUCUUAUAGUUUGAAAGCUAGAGCUUUAAUUCACGCUCAUUUGGGUAGAAUAUCCCUUCCUCCUACAACGUUAGAGAAUGAUAAAAACUACGUUUUAGGAAAAUAUGCAACUAAAGCUCCAAGAUUGAACACUGUUGAAUAUUGUAUAAAAAUUUGUCAAAUGUUAGUUCAAGCCUGUGGGAUACAAAAAGUCCUUGCUGCAAUUACCCAUAUAACGAAAAACGCUAUCCAUUUUGUAACGAAACGUAGAUGUAUAAAGACAAUUAAACAAUUUGUAGAAAUGAAAAGUAAAGAAAGACGAGCGUUAUUAAGAACCUUAAGUGAUGCUGAAUAUAGUUCGUGUGAUUCUAGAAAGAAAACAUUAGAACCAAAUGAGAGUGAUGAAGAAGAUGAGAAAAGAGAAGACGCUGGAGAUAAGAUGGAAGAAGAAAGGAAAAAGUUGAUGAAAAACAAAACCUUUGUGGCAGAAAGCUCAGAAAACGAAAAAGAAAAAGCUAAAAAGCCGAAAAGCAGGAACACGCACGGUUCUUGUACCUGUUGUGAAUAG